AUGACUGAUACUGCUUCAGCCAACAAUAUCAAAGGUCGUCUAAACAACUUAGAAGGACAAGUGCAAAAAAUGCAAGGACAAGUGCAAGAAAUGAAAGGACAGAUGCAUGAUAUUCUGCAAGAAAUGAGUAAAAUGAGUUCUUCACUUGAACAGUUAAUCGACAUGCUUAAAACACAAGGCCACCAUGAAGAAAUACAUGCAAAAACCUUGGAACAAGCUUCGAUCCACUCUUCAAAUUUGCAAAGAAAUGAAGAUACAAUUGUCAAUAAUAAAACGAGACUCGAAAGAUUAGAGGUUUCAAUGGAAAAGAGACUUAUCCAAAUAGAAGAAAGAAUAAUGACUGGAACUCCUACUACUACAACUGGAAACAAUUUAGAGUCAAAAUUACCACCUUCAAAUGAGAUUUUGGCUCAAGUAAGAAAAUACUUCCCUUCUUUGGUAAUUUAUGAAAACCAUAGCUUGCUCAAAAGCUGCAUCAAAGCUUACAGUGACGUUUCAUUAGUAGUCACUAGAGAAGUCAUUUUAAAAGAUGAUGAUCUUGAAGACCCGGUUCGUACUUUAAUGGCCAUUCAGGGUUUAUUAGUAGGAAAACGUAUUCGUUUUCAAGAUUGGGGAAAGUUCCUAUAUUCCUGUUGCCAGGAUAUUGGUCGUUUUUACCUUACUAACGAACAAGGAAUUAAUGUGGAUUGGACAACAGCCAUAUUUAAGCUUUUUGAAUAUUUCGAUUUCAAUGCCAAGACCCAAAAAGGUUUGAGUGAAGUUUCUAAUUUCAAUCCAGAAAUGGGAGAGGAGGCAAGAGACUAUUUUGUCAAACUGAUCCGUAAAGGUAAAGCCGUCAGAGGAGCCUCUGCAUUAGCCAUUGUCGUUACCAAGAUUCAUGAUAUCUUAAUGUACGAGAACUCCCUUAUACCACGUCCAAAAAUAACUGAUAUUCAUAACUUUGUUGAGUUGCUCAGUUAUGUUAAGGACAAUGUCCCUUCAGGGAUCAUUCUUGAUGGGGAAUAUGGUAACACCGCUUCUUCUCCACUAUUCGCCAUUCAGGGCUCCGAAUCUUCCUCAAAUCCUGGUUCCAACUCCGGAUUUGCUACUGCAGCUUAUUUUUGUACGAAAUGCCAGCGUAUUAGUUAUCCCAGCACAAUCAAGCCAUACAUGGAAGAAGAAUUAUAUAGCGAAUGUGACUGUGACAGAAGCUCUUCAAGAUUAAGAGGUUCCAAGAAGUCCAAUGUUGCAGACCUGAAAGAUGACAUCCUCAAAAUGGAAGAACAUCAUAUCGCGAUCAACUCCGAAUUUUUCGAUGAUUCCGAACUUGAUUCUGAAACUGAAGAUCCCUAUUAUGAUAGACCGUAUACCUUUGAAAAUCUCGACGCCAUAGAUUUUGUAUUGGGUCCUUCUGUAGUUCGGGUAACCUCCUUAAACGCUAGUCAUCCCAAAAAAUAA